GCCGGGGCCGGCGCCCGGAGGCAGAGGCCGAAGGAGGCGCGCACCUCAGGGAGGUGAAGGGGCGAAGCCUGGGGCGCCGCACCCGCUGCCCGCCCCUCCGCCUCUCAUCUCCGCUCAGGCAAGGCUGCUGGGACCGAGCGCGGGGCUCUGGCCGGGUCCGCGUUCCCGACUGCCGAGUCCUACUGAGCGACCCUGGAGUGCCUGUCCAGAUGCCAACCAAGCUGCCACUGGGGAUCCCUCUGGGAGAUUGAAGGCCCAGGUUGAGGCUGACCAGCCCUGAGCCUUAGGCCAGGGGAAUGGCAGCCCCCCCAGAGCCUCAGGACCAGGCCCCUGGGGAGGGAGAAGGGCUUCUGAUCGUGAAGGUAGAAGAUUCCUCCUGGGAGCAGGAUGCUGCCCAGCAAGAGGACAGCAGGGAUUCAGAGGCGUGCCGCCAGCGCUUUCGGCAGUUCUGCUACGGGGAUGCGGGCGGACCCCACGAGGCCUUCAGCCAGCUCUGGGAGCUCUGCUGCCGCUGGCUGCGGCCCGAGCUGCGCACCAAGGAGCAGAUCCUGGAGCUGCUGGUGCUGGAGCAGUUCCUGAGCGUGCUGCCCGUGGGCGUCCAGGGCUGGGUAUGCGAACGAUGCCCGGGGAGUGGCGAGGAAGCUGUUGCCUUGGUGGAGGACCUGCAAAAGCAGCCAGUGAAAGCUUGGCCACAGGACAUGCCCUCAGAGGGGGCGGAACCUGAGGCUGCAGUCCAGGGAUCUCAGGCCCAGGGGCCUCCCCGGAAGGCAGGGACACGAAGCCGGCCACCUGUACCCUGGGAGCAGCACAGCCAUGGUGCCCAGCUUCCGGCUCUUCUUAAAGAGGGGAGCACCAGAGAGACGACAGAUACCUGCUUUGCCUCUGGGGGACCUGUGACAUUUGGAGACAUUCCCUUCUAUUUCUCCCGGGAAGAAUGGGGGUCCCUGGACCCUGCUCAGAGGGAUCUCUUCUGGGACAUAAAAAGGGAGAACUCCCAGAACGUUGCCCUGGGUUUGGGACUCACGAGCCACAGCGAGAGAUCCCGGCUGGAGGAGGUGGUGACGGCGCUCCCGGGCCAGGCUGCUGGCGACGUGACCGUGUCCUGGAGGCUGGAGGAGGCCGAGGCCCGGCCGGGGGCGCCCCGGGGGCGGGCGGCGGGGGCGCGGCGGGGGCGGCCGCCCACGCGCCGGCGGCAGUUCCGGGACCUGGCGGCCGAGAAGCCGCACAGCUGCGGCCAGUGCGGCAAGCGCUUCCGCUGGGGCUCCGACCUGGCGCGCCACCAGCGCACGCACACGGGCGAGAAGCCGCACAAGUGCCAGGAGUGCGACAAGAGCUUCCGCAGCUCCUCGGACCUGGUGCGCCACCAGGGCGUGCACACGGGCCAGAAGCCCUUCUCCUGCUCCGAGUGCGGCAAGAGCUUCAGCCGCAGUGCCUACCUGGCCGACCACCAGCGCAUCCACACGGGCGAGAAGCCUUUCGGCUGCAGUGACUGCGGCAAGAGCUUCUCGCUGCGCUCCUACCUGCUGGACCACCGGCGCGUGCACACGGGCGAGCGGCCCUUCGGCUGCGGCGAGUGCGACAAGAGCUUCAAGCAGCGCGCCCACCUCAUCGCCCACCAGAGCCUGCACGCCAAGAUGGCCCAGCCUGUGGGGUGAGGGCCGGAAGGGCGGCCCAGGCGGGGUCCCCACCCGGCCCAGUCCACCAUCUCUGCUGCCGGCAGGACUGCAGGGUCCCCCACGCGCAGAACCCAUCAGCCCUGCCCGCCUGGGGACCUGGCCAACGCCCCCCCAGGCAUGGAAUCCCCUGUAACCUCAUGGCCAUAUCCCUAACUGCUCUGGGGUUUUUCUUGCUCCCUGGUUUCCUGGAGCCCCGGCACAUUCCAGGCUGGUGGCAUGAGCACAGGGGAGAAGCUGGGGCACAGGGAUGUAUGAGGACUCGGGCACGCCUGGGGUCUCCAUCCCAGAACCCCGUCAGCCUUGCUUGGCCCCAUCGCUCUCUGUUCCCGGCCUUCUCGGCUGGGUCCAUGGGCUGGGCCUUCUCUCCUGCCAUCCUGUGCCUUCCCACGGGGGUGAAGGCUAAGCCUCAGGGUGCUGCUGGGCUCUGGGAGGGUCAGUCAGCCCACACCCAUGAGGACCUGGGUCCUGGGUGCGGCCACAGGGGCUUUCUGGCCUCCACCCCUUCCCAUUUCCAGACAUUGACCGCUCUGCCCUGUCCCAGCAGCAUGCAAGCUGCCUGCCUCUGCCCUCAGCCAGCUCGCCCCCAGCUGAGCUCCCAAGAGUCACCCUCCACCAGUCUGGCUCCGGGGACAGAGGCCAACUGUGCAGACCAAGAACAGGGCCAGCGGAGGCCCGCUGCCCCCACUGCUCCCCAGUCUCCUGGAGUCUCGGGGUUUAUGGUACUUAACACUAGCACUCCAUCAGCACCUUGUCACUAACUCCUGAGGCGCUGUAUUCCCUGCAGAAGGGCAUUCACAGGGACAGACCACAGGCCCUCCCAAGGAGCUGGCCCAGCUGGCCUCAAAGGGCAGCAGAAAGGUUGAAUAAACAUGAAAACUUC